CAAAAGUUAGUUUCUUCAUGACAUGUUCUCAACUCAAUUGAAAAGUGGUGAUUCUGCCUUUUCAGAUCCAGUGUCCUGCUCCAAUGAAGAAAGGAUCAGAGGGAUUUAAGCCUGAAAAUCUAAUACAAUCUAACAUACCUGCCACUUGGAAGGCAAUGGAAGCACUCUAUGACUCUGGCAAGGCACGAGCUAUUGGUGUCAGUAAUUUCUCCUCCAAGAAGCUGGCGGAUUUGCUGGAGGUUGCCUGCAUUCCUCCUGCUGUCAACCAGGUGGAGUGUCAUCCGUCAUGGCAGCAGGACAAACUGCGUGAAUUCUGCAAAUCCAAAGGUGUCCACCUCUCUGGUUUUUCACCUUUGGGUUCCCCUGGAACAACCUGGCUUAAAAGUGAUGUCCUCAAGCAUCCAGUUAUAAAUUUGAUUGCGGAGAAACUAGGCAAGACUCCUGCUCAGGUAGCUCUUCACUGGGGACUGAAAACGGGCAAUAGUGUGCUUCCCAAAAGUACAAAUGAAGCAAGAAUGAAACAAAAUUUUGAUGUUUUUGACUGGACUAUACCUGAGGACUUACUAGCUAAAUUUUCUGAGAUUCAACAAGCCUCAUUCGUCCAUGAAACUUAUGGGAGCUACAGAUCUCUUGAAGAAUUUUGGGAUGGUGAAAUUUAGCAAGUGGAUGAACUGUGGUACCUUCUUGUCUUUGGGUUGUUCAGUUUUUGGAAAUUGUGAACUCGAGUGUUUUGAUAUAUACAUGUCAUUAUUCCUCUCACUUUCUCUUCAUAUCUCUGUUUGUCUUAUU